AUGGACGGCAUUAAAGCUACAUUCGCCAAGUGCAAGGAGCAGCGCCGGUCUGCCCUUGUUGCGUACAUUACUGCCGGAUAUCCUACUGUUGAAGAAGCUGUUGAUAUUCUUCUGGGUAUGGAAAAUGGAGGUGCUGACAUCAUUGAGCUCGGCAUUCCUUUCACCGACCCCAUUGCCGAUGGUCCUACUAUCCAGACUGCCAACACCAAGGCCCUUGAGAAUGGUGUCACUGUUACAACCGUCCUCGGCAUGGUCCGCGAGGCCCGCAGCCGCGGAUUGAAGACCCCUAUCAUGUUGAUGGGAUACUACAACCCAGUUCUUCGUUACGGUGACGAGCGCAUGCUCAAGGACUGCAAGGAGGCCGGUGUCAAUGGUUUCAUCAUGGUCGACUUGCCCCCAGAGGAGGCUGUCCGCUUCCGCGACUUGUGCGCCAGCACUGGUCUCUCAUACGUGCCCCUUAUCGCUCCCGCUACCUCCGACGAGCGUAUGAAGCUUCUCUGCAAGAUUGCCGAUUCUUUCAUCUACGUUGUGUCCCGCAUGGGUGUUACUGGCGCCACCGGCAAACUCAGUGCCAACAUCCCCGACCUUUUGCGUCGCGUCCACGAAUACUCUGGCAACGUGCCUGCUGCUCUCGGAUUCGGAGUCAGCACUCGCCAGCACUUCCUUGAUGUCCAGGAGGUCGCUGAGGGUGUCGUCAUUGGAAGUCAGCUCAUCACUACCGUCGGCAAGGCUGCUCCUGGCCAGGCCGCCAAGGCCGCAGAGGACUAUCUGUCCGGCAUUACUGGCCGUAAGUGGGAGCGUGACGCCCAAGGGAACUUGGCCCGUGAGAUCAACCUUGUCGAGCCUGUUGAGAAGACUCUCGCCAAUGCUGAGACCCAGCCUAGCAAGGUUAUCACCGAGGAAGACACCCCUGCUGGCCCUGGAUUAGGUGACCAGCUGGUGGCCUUGAACGUUACUCAGGAGAAAUGGGCUCUGCCUUCCCGCUUCGGCGAGUUCGGUGGUCAGUAUGUUCCCGAGUCUCUCAUGGACUGCCUUGCUCAGCUUGAGCACGGAUUCAAUGAGGCCCUCAACGACCCCAAGUUCUGGGAGGAGUUCCGCUCUUACUACCCGUACAUGAGCCGUCCCAGCAGCCUACACCUUGCUGACCGUCUCACCGAGCACUGCGGUGGUGCCAACAUUUGGCUGAAGCGCGAGGAUCUCAACCACACUGGUAGCCACAAGAUUAACAACGCCAUUGGUCAGAUUUUGAUCGCCAAGCGUCUUGGUAAGACUCGCAUCAUCGCUGAGACUGGUGCUGGCCAGCACGGUGUCGCCACUGCCACCGUUUGCGCCAAGUUUAACAUGAAGUGUACCGUCUACAUGGGUGCCGAGGAUGUCCGUCGCCAGGCUCUCAACGUUUUCCGGAUGAAGCUUCUUGGUGCCGAGGUCGUCGCCGUCGAUGCUGGCAGCCGCACCCUCCGUGACGCCGUCAACGAGGCUCUCCGCGCUUGGGUCGUCGAGCUGGACACCACCCACUACAUCAUUGGUUCCGCAAUUGGUCCUCACCCAUUUCCCCUCAUUGUCCGCACCUUCCAGUCCGUCAUUGGUGACGAGACCAAGAAGCAGUUGCAUGAGGCCAUUGGCAAGCUUCCCGACGCCGUCGUCGCUUGUGUCGGUGGUGGCUCCAACGCCGUCGGAAUGUUCUACCCCUUCUCGAAGGACCCCAGCGUCAAGCUGGUCGGUGUCGAGGCUGGCGGUGACGGUGUCGACACUGCUCGCCACUCCGCCACUCUCUCUGGUGGUUCCAAGGGUGUCCUCCACGGUGUGCGCACCUACGUUCUCCAGAACGAGCACGGCCAGAUCGCCGAGACCCACUCCAUCUCCGCUGGUCUCGAUUACCCCGGUGUCGGCCCCGAGCUGAGUGCCUGGAAGGACGCUGACCGCGCCACCUUCAUCGCUGCUGACGACGCCCAGGCUCUGAUCGGUUUCCGUACCCUUUCUCAGACCGAGGGUAUCAUCCCCGCUCUUGAGUCCUCGCACGCCGUCUACGGUGCCAUGGAGCUGGCUAAGACCAUGGAGAAGGGACAGAACAUUGUCCUCAACCUGAGUGGUCGUGGUGACAAGGAUGUCCAGAGCGUGGCUGAUGAGCUCCCCCGUCUGGGCCCUAAGAUCGGCUGGGAUCUGCGUUUCUAA